UGGACAAUAUUUUCGAUCAUAGGCUUACAGAUCAAAAAAGAUCUCAACUUAACCGAUACCCAGUUUGGGUUAUUGGCAGGGACACCGAUCCUCGUUGGAUCCUUAAUCCGUUUAUUUCUGGGUGUUUGGACAGAUCAAUAUGGCGGAAGGAUCAUUUUUUCAGCUUUAAUGGUUUCUGCGGCAAUUGCCACAUGGUUUUUAUCAUAUGCCCAUACUUACCCACAAUUUUUACUUGCUGCUGCAGGGGUUGGUUUGGCCGGAGGCUCAUUUGCUGUUGGGGUAGCUUAUGUCUCUAAGUGGUACGGUACAGAAAAACAAGGGACAGCCCUAGGGAUAUUUGGCGCAGGGAACGUUGGUGCGGCUGUUACAAAGUUUUGCGCGCCGUUCGUGAUGUUGGCUAUGGGCUGGCAGGCGGUUGCCCAAAUAUGGGCAGGCAUUUUAUUCAUCACUGGGAUUGCCUAUUUUGUCUUGGCACAAGACGACCCUGAUUUAGCCAAUCGUCGCCAGAAGGGGGUUAAAGCUAUGCCAUUAGCACAGCAGUUUGCCCCCCUUAAAAACCUCCAAGUUUGGCGAUUUUCUUUGUAUUACUUUUUUGUCUUCGGUGCUUUUGUUGCCUUAGCAUUGUGGCUACCUCGAUAUUUAACAGGUGCGUACGGCAUGGAUAUCAAGCAAGCUGGGAUGAUUGCUGCCCUCUAUUCUAUUCCAGCCAGUUUAUUUCGUAUCGUCGGUGGUUGGUUAUCUGAUAAGUGGGGUGCUAGACGCGUGAUGUAUAUUACCCUUUCCGUUUCCGUUUUAUGUUGUUUUUUCUUAUCUUACCCCAAUACCGAUUUUGUCAUUCAAGGCAUUAAAGGACCCAUUCCUUUUUCGAUUCAUACCUCGAUUUAUGCCUUUGUUGGUAAAGCUGCCGUUUACAAACACAUUCCCGUGUAUUACCCCAAUCAUGUGGGUGCAGUGGGGGGAAUGGUUGGCAUGAUUGGUGGUUUGGGCGGAUUUAUUCUACCGAUUUGUUUUGGAUUUCUAAAUGACUUAACCAAUAUUUGGACCAAUAUUCAAUCGUGGAAUCCUGAGAAUGAACAGGAGUGGAACGAAGGCGGCAGUAAAAUUGCCUAUCGGAAUUUAUGGAUUUCUGUGCCCAGCUUGUGGCAAGGAUUUGCUAUCUGGUUGAUGUGGGGCAUUCUAACCGUACAAAUGUCCAAUCUAGGGUUUCCAUUUAGUGAUGAUCAAUUGUUUACUCUGACGGCCAUUUCUGGGCUUGCGGGUGCGACUUUGCGCAUACCCGCAUCGUUUUUUAUUCGUUUGUCGGGUGGACGCAAUACCAUUUUUUUUACCACUGCUCUACUGAUGAUCCCCGCCUUGUUAGCGGGUAUUGCUUUGCAAAAUAAAGACACGCCAUUAUGGGUUUUCCAAAUCAUUGCUUUGCUCUCUGGAGUUGGGGGGGGUAAUUUUGCCUGUUCGAUGUCAAACAUCAGCACCUUUUUUCCUAAAAGACUUCAAGGCACAGCUUUAGGGAUUAAUGCUGGGCUAGGCAAUUUUGGGGUAACGACGAUGCAGAUUCUUAUUCCACUCGUGAUGACCGCUGGUAUUUUCGGUGCAUUGGGUGGUGAACCCAUGGUUUUACAAAAAGAUUCUGGAUGGAUUUUCGGCAAAAUUUUAGCGGGUUCGCAAACCUGGGUUCAAAAUGGAGGCUUUAUUUGG